AUGGUGUUCCUGGUGGGGCUGGUGCUGUGUGUGCUCGUGUAUCUGGCGGUGGUGGCGGCGGCGGCGGUUGUUUACGUGGUGGGUCAUUAUUGUGUGGUUGCCCCCGGAUACAGGCAGACGCAGCAGGGAGAGAGCGCGGACAUGGGCUCCAGGGAGGACCCGGAGGAGGUGGACAACAAGGAAGAUCCUUCUUCUUCAGCUGAUGUCUCCGGGGGCUCGGGUCAGAGGAGGAAACUUUCCGCUCCUCCUCUGAACGUGUCGCUGGAACAGAGCGAAGGAUCCCUCCUCUCAGAGACCGGGGACGAGACCGGAGACGAGACCGGAGACGAUCUGGACCUGAACAUGGACGACAUGGACACUCCAGACGAGGCCGACUCUGUGGACUUCGACGCACAACAAGGAGAGUCUGAGGAGGCGGCCGCUGCUGCUGCUGCGUCUGCCCCGGGGCAGAGUGCAGAGAGUCGCCUCUGGAGGAGCGUUCUGAUCGGAGAACAGGAACAUCGCAUCGACAUGAAGAGCAUUGAGCCGUACAAGAGAGUCAUCUCACACGGAGGUUACUAUGAAGACCAACACGCCAUCAUCGUGUUCGCCGCCUGCUUCCUCCCGGACAGCGACUGUGAAAACUACAACUACGUCAUGGAAAACCUCUUUCUGUACGUGAUCAGCACUUUGGAGCUGAUGGUGGCGGAGGACUACAUGAUCGUGUAUCUGAACGGAGCGACACCGCGCAGGCGGACCCCCGGCUUCUCCUGGAUGAAGAAGUGUUACCAGAUGAUCGACAGGAGACUGAAGAAGAACCUGAAGAUGUUUAUUAUCGUGCACCCUUCGUUUUUCAUCCGGACUUUACUGGGAAUCACACGGCCGUUUAUCAGUUCAAAGUUCAGCAGUAAGAUCCGGUACGUGCACAGUCUGGAGGAGCUGGGCCACAUCAUCCCCAUGGAGUACGUGCACAUCCCGCCCAGUAUCAUCAGGUUUGACGAUGACAGAGGAGCAGGUGCCAGACUGGAUGCAGAGUUACAGGAAACAACGUGCAAGUCGGACAGAAAGAGGAGCUCGGCCGUGUGAGCAGACCGUCCCCCCGCGUACGAGCCGGAGUCUGUAUGUGGAGCUGAGCGUGGGGCUGUGGGGGCGUGUCCGGUUACCACGGCGACGAGGGUGCCUGGCCACCACGGCGACCACGGAUACGAGUCAGAGCCGCGCGGUGGAGCUAUCCCCUUCUGUAGCAUCUAGAACUGUACGGCCCGCGGACUUUUCACACCAAAUACUACCGAAGAAA